UCCUGGUUGGCUUGUCGACUGUGUCAUAGUUCACAUGUCGUGUUGCGUUUCCUGCUCACACGGAUUUGGCGAGUGAUGUGAUGGCUUUCUUGCGCUUGUUUAUGCGGCGACACUUGCCGAUGGCUGCGUCCGAGUUGUGCCGCGUCGGCAAGGUCCCACGCCGGCAUCCGAGUGGCGGGCUUCACGGCACCGCGCGCCGGCGGAUAGGUGAGAAGGGGUCGUGGGGGAAGAGUCCGAGCCGGGGACCGGAGCCGCCACAGCAGUACCAACAACAACAGUACCAACACCAGCAGCAGAUGACAGAUUUGGACAAGGCGGACGCUUUGAUACUGAGAAAAUCUCACGAAACAGGUUUCUUGUCAUGGUUUCGAAACGGUCUGCUGGCGACUGGGAUCGGCGUCCUCGCCUUCGUCCAAAGCGAAGCGGGACGAGAGGCAGCCUACGUAUUCUUCACCCUGGGCGGAGCCUGCGUGUCGAUAGGCGCUGCCACCUACACCGCCAGCCUCAUCACCAUGCGCAGGCUGAUGAUGCUGUCCAUGCCCGCCGUGCUCUUCCAGGGCGCCAUGGUGGGAAGCGUCGCCCUCUUCUGGCUGUGCGCCGUAUCGCUCUACAUAGGAAGCUUGGAGGUGAAGAUCGUCUUCGAUGACGAGGAGGAGGAGGAGGAGGAGGAAGAGUGCCGGGAGUGUCAAGAGAGGCGCAGUCACAGGGGGCACCGUGGCGCUGAGGACCGGGACAGCAAGGGGGGCGACAAGUAGAGGUGUGUGCGUGUGUAAACAUGAAAAUAUGGGUGUCAUGCAGGCCAAAGCCAACUAUGGACUUUAAUCACGAGGCCACUUUUUUCACCUAUGACCCCACACUUCAAGACCAUGGACACUCACCAGCCACUACAAUAGUAGUGGCUACACAGACACAGGCCUAAACAUAGCAAAUCUUAAAAAACGCUUGAAGGAAGCAGGCAAUUGUACAAAGUGGAAAAGCACAGUACAAUAACAUUAAACACACCAUUUAGUUUGUGUAUUCAUACCUUA